AUGCUACUGCAACCGGAAGAGGCAUCUAAGCCUUAUCGGAUAAUUCCCUACAGCAGGAACCGUAAAUUCACUGGCCGUGAACAUCUCAUUCACGCGGUAGAAAGGCAUUGCAAGCGUGAUGGCCACAACCGGAUAGCUCUUCAUGGAUUAGGAGGUGCUGGGUAUGUGUAUUCAAUGAUUGUAUAUAUUCGGAUCGUUUACUAAUAUGGCUCAGAAAAACUCAGGUUGCCCUCGAAUACGUUUAUCGGCGCGCAAGUGAGGCCGAUUGUGACAUUUUCUGGGUGCAAGGAAGUGGAGCGUCAAAAUUUAGGGAGGACUUCAGGGCUAUUGGGAAACACGUUGGGAAUCCUCUAGCUAGCGCUGAGACGGAAGAAGAGGGAUUCCUAUUAAGCAUAAAGAGGUGGUUCGAAGGCCGAGACAACCGUGAUUGGAUCCUAGUAAUUGACAACGCCGACAACGAGGAGGACUUUGCUGGCAACAAUACUCCCAUCGCUAGGUUUGUGCCACAUGGCCCGAGUGGCACGGUAAUAUUCACCACCAGAUCUCGCCAGGUUGCACUUCGGCAAGAGUGCGAAAGGAUCGGUGUUGAAAAAAUGGCCAAGGAUGAGGCCAAGACCCUGUUUUUCGAACACUUUGGAAACUGGGGAAACUUGAGGGAUGGGGAAGAGGACGUUGUUGCCAUGAUCCUGGGUUCGAUCGAUCACCUGCCGCUGGCUGUUGUAGGUUCAGCAGCUUUCAUGGCCGAGACCGAAACACCACCCUCCGACUACUGGAAAAUUUUUCGAGAGAACGAUCAGCGAAGGACGAAGCUACUUUCACAGCAGUUUAGCGAUAUCCGCCGAGAGUCUGACGUGACGGAAAGUGUUUUGAGCACUUACUUCAUCACCUUUGACCGAAUUACGAGGCAGAUGCCGGCUGCUGGCCAUCUCUUGCGGCUAAUUGCAUUCGUUGAUCGCCAAAAUAUACCCGAGCAGCUCCUGAGAGAAUGUGGGGUUGAAGGGAUGGAUGAUCCGGUUGAAUUCCGUCGGGCUGUUGGGAAACUGUUGGGAUUCUCAUUAGUUACUACCACCAAACACGAAGGCGAGACAUUUUAUGAGCUUCACCGUUUAAUCCAGCUAUCGGUACAGGCCUAUUCAUCACCGGAAGAGCUGCAGCGAUGGAGCGACAACGCACUAAGAAUAGUUUCCCGAAUGUUCCCUAAAUAUGAGCACGAGUUGCGGGAUAUUUGCAAGUCAUAUAUUCCACAUGCACUUGCG